AUGGAUGGCCUACCCAUCGUCGCAGAUGGUACAGCCCCUCCGCGGCCACGGAUGCUUCCCCCAAUAACGCCGCCGAUCUCCCUGGUGCCGUACAACAUCUCCCUGAACCUCAGUUCCAUCUUCGCCAUGCUUCCUGGGUCUCGGUUCCUCGCUCGAUGGAGGAAGGGGGUAUUUGAGACCCAAAUCGACCCUUCAGAGCUUCCAGCAGUUAGCAUCGCUGAACAAUUGGCGAGUGCUGCGUCCCAGCCAGUCGUCGAGACUGUCACACCUGAGAUAGUAAAGGAACAACUUCAGGCAUUCCCUGGGCCUUGGGGAUUCUUCACGUCGGGAUAUCUUGUUGGUCUGUUUAUAAUGGCCAUCCUAUUGCACCGCAUUCAGAACGUCAUAAUUCCAUCACGCAUUCCUACCCGGCGUCAGCGCCAUGCCUUUCGAUUUGCUCCCGUCUUCGCGUCUCCCUUCCAAAACACGCUGUUCCUACAACGCCUCUAUGCCUCCAUUUUGCCGCUCGAUUUCACUCGCACAACAACUCGUCUCAUCUUGCACCUACCAUCUGUGUACUUUCUGACGAAGAUGCUCCUUGUUUGGUGCAUUCUCGUGUUGGAAACGUCGGAGCUCCUUCCUCAAUUCACAGAAGAGCAAAAGAACGGUUAUUGGGGAGCUCUGUGCUGGAUCGAGAAUCUAUUUCAGUGGGGUACUCAGAUGAACAUGACGGAGAUUUGUUGGUCGACAUUUGUGGCUGUAUGCGGCGCAUUUUUGGUUGAAGGAUUUGUCAAGGCCAUGGAUGGUCUGGGAGGCGGUUUUCCUCUUGGUAAUGUCAACACAAGCACCUCACCAUUCAAUCUUGUUGGAUAUGCUUUCUUGUUGCACAUUUAUUCUUCGCCAGUAACACACUCCUAUCAACCAAACGAUGGCCUACCUUCGAGGCCUGACAAGCAUGUCAUCAUCACCAUCACCAUUCCCCUUCUCCAGCUUACAUUAUUCCAUAUACUUUCUGUGUCCAAGCGACUAUCUACACACCGCCUGCUUCCAACAGCCCUUACGUCAAUGCUUUCGCUCGCUCACUUCCACGGAACCCUCUUUGCACAUUUCUCCCAGACACAUUCACAGGCAGAACCCACAACGACGAGCUCUGCACCCAAAGGCCCACGUCGACCAACUCCUUACCUCGGGGCUCCCAACGCCAACUACCCUUUGCUUAAUUAUAUUCCAAACAUCUUUGAGACAUUCCUAAUCUCAACGAUCUUACUGACGAUAUUUAUUAACGCCCUUGUGCAACUACUCGUACGUGGACGUGUCGACCGUGUACUGAGCGGCCUGGGUAUCGGACCCGGUGCUAAUAUCCACAAUGACGACGAAACUCCGACAUCUUUCCUCCAAAGCCUACCAUACGAGGAAGACUUCGGUGUGCUCCUUCUACGCGUCGGCACCGCAAGCCUCGAAGCAACUGGCCUGAGAGGAUGGGGUAACGAAGUUGCGCCUAUCCAGCUGCCCGCCCAGCCCCGAAGACGGAGAUCGACGACCCUCAUCGACACGCACUCGUUUGACACUUCACCGACGUAUGGCCGUGUGCGAAUGGGCCGCCUCGGCGUCGGAGACGUCUCGUACGGAGCCUCCACCUCUGCCUCAACAUCUCGGAUGCUCGGUGGCAGCCCAGACGUCUUCUCCGACACGACCUCGCGCUCCAGACGCCCCAGAGGACCACCUGCUUCGACAACCACCGCCCAAGUCCGUGGAUUCAACAACGACGUGCGCACAGUCGACUUGGGCAACUCGGACGCCGCCAAUGGAGGAGGUUUGGGCAACGGAACGAAUGGUUCGUGGCGCAGGUGGUUUGGCGAGAUGGGCGGGUUUAUCAGAGCAAUGUGGGGCGUUCUGAGAGGGCUUGUUGUUUUUCUCCUCGAACGAGCCAGAGGGCGGGUCCGAGUCAGAGAGCAGGCGGCUGCCAGGAAGCCUAUCCGUGCAGGUGUAUCGGCUCAAGGCGCCACGGCCGCUCGGGAUGCCGAGGUGGAAGAUGCCGAGGACGAGGAGAGGAGAAGGGAGAAGGAGAUCUAUCAGAGGUUCUUGAGAGGAGAGGAUAUCAGUGACGACGAGGACUACCAUUCUGGACAGACCGAACUCGAAGAGAGCGACUCUGAAGAGGAAAGUGAAAGCACGCACGACGGGGAAGAAGGCAGCGACGAGCGAGAGGCGGAGACUGUCCAGCUUUUUACCGACUUCAUUCGUAGCGGCGGCUCUCGAGAGGCCGGGUGGUCAAGCUCCAACGGCGGAGAGAUGGUUCUAGCUCAUCUCAUGCACGGGGCUUCUGCAAGUGGUGCCUCGCCUGGGCCCCUUACUCGCCGACGAUGGGAUGCCCUGGUCCAGCGUUCUCCUCAUGACCUCCAACGCCGUGGUCAGCGUCGAGACGACUUUGAUGAUCUGAAUGACGACAACUCUUGGGACCCUGCACGGCGAGCACGGACCAUAUUUGACCAAUACGUAGACGAUGCGAGCCAAAGAGAGAGACAGCAAGGCUACCAGCACCUUUGUGUAAUUUGUACGACUGAGACAAGGGAAAUCAUUUGCUGGCCUUGUCGGUGUCUAUCUAUGUGUGACAACUGUCGAGAAGCCCUUGCGUCUAGAAGUGCACCAACGAAACACCGUUGUCCUUGCUGUCGUCAAACUGUGGAAGGUUACUCGAGGAUCUAUAUCCCUUAG